UUCGACAUGGCGGGCGUUGCGGCUCCCAUUUACAGGUAUGUCUAACCUGGCGAACAUUCUAGAGAAUACCUCCAUGGUUGUCACUUUCGGAGCUGUCUUGUCGAGCCAAAUCCACCGAUGCCGGCGCGGAACUCCCUCCGGGGGUUGACGACAACCGCACUACCAACACGUUGUGCUGCACGUCCCAUCUCUCCCCGAGUAAUACGGGGGUUGAGGUGCGCAUCGUGCCUGAGCUCUGCUGCGGGCACGAGACGGCCUCUGACUGCUGCUCAGCUGCCGCCCACAAGGACCCGGGUUGUUGUCGGGCGGGCGAGAGGGUUCAAGACCGACGUCAAGGUUGGAGGUUCGGGUCUGGAGCCGCCUCCCUUUGCGUUUGCUUUUGACAUCGACGGCGUCCUGCUUCACGUCGCCAAGCCGAUUCCCGGGGCUGCUGAGGUGCUCCGGUUCCUGAACGACUACAACAUCCCCUUCAUAUUGCUCACCAACGGCGGCGGCAAGCACGAAAGGGACCGUGUCCGGGAUCUCAGCGAGAAACUGGGCGUCCAGCUGUCCACAGACAACUUUGUCCAGUCUCACACGCCCUUCCAGGAGCUUCUCGAAGGGCCGGACAGCCUGCGGGACAAGACGGUCCUGGUGACGGGGUCCGACUACGAGAAGUGCCGUUCCAUCUUCAAGGAAUACGGUUUCCAAAAUGUCGUGACUCCAGCCGACAUUUUCGCCGCAGACCCGACCAUCUUCCCCUUCCAGUCCGCUUCCUCGUACCCCCACCCGAGCCAGCCCCUCCCCAAGCCGCUCUACAACAAGCCGACCCUCGACCGGGCAUCCCUCCCCUCACAUCUCAAGAUCGACGCCAUCUUUGUCCUCAACGACCCCCGCGACUGGGCGCUCGACACCCAGAUCAUCACCGACCUCCUGCUCUCCCACGCCGGCUACCUGGGGACCUACUCCCCGCUCAACGGCAAGGGCAACGGCGACAACGGCGGCGGCUGGCAGCAGGACGGGCAGCCGCGGCUCUACUUCAGCAACGCCGACCUGCUGUGGAGCGCGGGCUACCACCUGCCGCGGCUGGGCCAGGGCGCGUUCCAGGCUGCGCUGGCGGGGCUCUGGCGGCGCAUCACGGGCGGCGCCGCCGAGCUGCGGCGCACCAGCAUCGGCAAGCCCUUCGCCGAGACGUACCGCUUCGCCGAGCGCGUCCUGGCCGCCCACAGGCGCGAGGUCCUGCGCGCCAUGGGCCAUCAUGUCCUCCACUACCAGCACCACCACCAGCACCGACAGGAUCCUCCCGCUGAUCUCGCUCCCGAUGGUGGCAGCGGCGGCGGCGGCGACAAGGGCGGGGAGGCGGCGCUGCGGCGGGUGUACAUGAUCGGGGACAACCCGGAGAGCGACGUCGCGGGCGCCAACGGGUACGCCAGCCCGGAGGGGACCGAGUGGGUGCCGGUGCUGGUCCGGACGGGCGUGUGGAGCGAGGCGAGGGGGGGUAAGCUGGAGGGGCGGUUCGAGCCGAGGACGGUGGCGGACGACGUGACGGCGGCGGUGAGGUGGGCGCUCAGGAGGGAAGGAUGGCACCGUUGUGUGACGGAGGACGGGGAGCUACGGUGAUGGGGAGCUUUGUGGUUCCUCUUUUUCUUGGAAAAGGGGG